AUGGACCAGGGCUUCAACUUCCAAACUUUCUCUCCGUCUUGGAAACUCCAAACUCCUCCUGCCGAACGCCACAUUUCCAAUGAGUGCGACUGUCCAAAAUGUCGUCAACCGAGAACGACAUACAUGUUCCAUGAUGAUUCUACCGAUGACGACCGGCUUGCUCCUGAACCAAUGCGGACAGAACACUCAGCAGCUCAUCCUCAAUCCCGUCCUGUUCCCUCUCCUUCAAAUUCUCGAGGUCUCUCCAGUGGAUCAUCAACCAUGGCAUUACCCGCCAGAAGCACUUCGCCUACGCCAGCUUCCGGCCUUCAUCCCUCGCCUAUGACCUACCCUCAAAUCUACGUGUCACCACGAUCUUUGCCUCAUCUCAGCUUUCCCGUGGUGGACUACAGUACCAAAAGUUGGGAUUCAGGCACUCAAUGGCCGCAUUUCUAUAUGGCUCUUGCACCAAAGUGUGCCACACUAGGUGAUCUGAGAACAGCCCUGACGCCAAAGGGGUCGGGCACUCGUCUCACAGCACGCUCACAUGCUGAUGCAAGUCCUGUGGAGAUCUCGACUUUCCACGACCUCAAUGAAUUAAGAUGCAGCAUCAUCCAGUUGGAGAUUUUGGAUGAUAUCAAUACCACCAAACCACUGGACAAAUCGGGCAAGUCGGACAGACGAGCGGAAGAGGGAAAGGAAGAGACAGUGCGAUUUGGGCUUGCACAUCCCCAUGGCUACGGAUAUUCAGGGGAUUCGAGACGCAAGGUGUCACACAAGAAGAGAUAA